CGCUAUCCGUACAGCAGCAGUGUUGCGCUGCGAGCGACAAUGAGCAGCAGCAAGUUCGCCACCGUCAUGCUGCAGUUUGUGCCGGCGUCUUUCGUUGUCGGAGCCGGCAUGGAGCUGUUCAUGCUCAACACGGGAUUUUACGACGUGGCGUUGAGAAAAGAGGCGGAGAGACGGGCGGAAGCAGAGGAGGAAUACCAGGCGAGACGAGCUAGGAUAGAGGCGCGGAGACGAGCGAGACUCAGCAACAACGGAAGCAGUCCAAGCGGGGGGGGCGGGCGUGGCGAAUGAUGCGCCGCGGUCUCACCCCCCGCCCCCGCCGGGUAGUGGGGGCGAUUCCGACACCAUCAACGAAGACACCUCAACAACGGGAGUGCGCCGGCAGGCGUGUCACAGCGCACUGGCUUUUUUUUGGAAAUCGGCGAUUUUGCGCGUUUGUUUCAAGGAGGUGUAAUCACCUUAUGGGCCGAUGAUCUCUCCCUUGCUUCCUUCCCGUUGCUGGCUGAAAAAAACGAGACGUUGUGCAUGUAGAGAUAAUUGGCGAGACUGUUCGAGGGAGGUACAUUCACGAUAUCGGUCGGUGAUCUCCCUUGCUGCC